AUGUCAGAUAACAACAAUCCUCAAAUAAAGUACGAUGUUUUUGUUAGCUUCAGGGGCACGGACAUCCGUGACGGGUUUCUUAGCCAUUUGACUCAGGCAUUUCACACCAAGAAAAUAAAUGCGUUUGUAGACGAUAAACUUGAGAAGGGAGAAGAAAUAUGGCCAUCACUUGUUGCAGCUAUUGAAAGAUCUGCCAUUUCGUUGAUCAUCUUCUCACCAGACUAUGCCUCUUCUCUUUGGUGUUUAAAAGAAAUUGCCAAAAUUAUUGAAUGCCAAGAGAAAUAUGGACGCACUGUAAUUCCUGUUUUCUACAAAGUGACACCCACAGAUGUACGACAUCAAUCUGGGAGGUACCAAAAAGCAUUUGCUGAGCAUGCAACAAAACAUGAGACCGAGUUACAACUCUGGAAACGUGCUUUAGAUAAAUCUGCUAGUUUCUCUGGAAUGGAAUCUACAAAGUUUCAAUUGCAUGAACCAGUGAAGGUGGGUGAUCUAAAAUCUUUGUUGAAAGACAAUGAAAAUGAUGAUUCAGUGGCUUUUGAGUUAAAAAGGCUGGAAGACAAAGCUCUUAUAACUAUCUCUCAGGAUAACAUUGUAUUUUUCUUCUCCACCGAUGGCAGGUCCUUGCCAGAGAGUUUUAAUGCUGAAAAACUUAUUAUAUUGAAAUUAAAUCAGGGUGAAAUUGUAAAGCUCUGGGAUGGAGUGAAGAAUGUGGUGAAUUUAAAAAAGCUUGACCUCACUUGGUGUAAAAUGUUAAAGGAGCUUCCAGAUUUAUCAAGAGCCAAAAGACUUGAAGUACUGAACCUCCGUUGUUGUUAUAAGUUGACCAGCGUGCAUUCAUCUAUUUUCUCUCUGCCCAAACUUGAGAGGUUGGACCUUGCUUUCUGCGAAUCCCUUACUGUACUUGCAAGCAAUUCCCCUUUACUCAGUCUUCGUUAUCUCAACCUUCAAUCUUGCGAUAAUCUUAAGAAAUUCUCACUGAUUUCUGACAAUAUGAAAGAGCUCAAAUUAGGAGGAAGAAAAUUAAAAGCAUUGCCCUCAUCAUUUGGAGAUCAACCGAAGCUUGAAUGGUUGUGGCUUAGCGAAACUGGGAUUGAGAGGUUGCCGUCAUUAAACAAUCUUGGUCGAUUGAUAUGUCUAAGGAUAAGUUUUUGUUCGAAGCUUCAAACAAUAGCAGAGCUUCCCCCUCUCCUUAAGACUUUACAUGUCGAUUGCUGCCACUCACUCAAAACUCUACCAAAGCUUCCUCGUGUCCUUGAAAAUCUAAUGUUGGGUUGUGCAUCACUUGAGAGUCUACCGGAGCUUCCCUCAUCUCUUUUAACUGUAGAUUUCCAGUUCUCCAGAUCACUCAAAACUCUACCGAACCUUCCUCUGUCCCUUAAAACUCUAAUUGCUUGUGAAUGCUCAUUUCAGAGUCUAGUAGAGCUUCCUGGAUCCCUUGAAACUUUGGAUAUCAAAGCUUGUUGGUUACUUCAAACUCUACCGGACCUUCCCCCGGACCUUAAAACUCUAUGCCUCUCUUGCUGCACUUCACUUGAGACUCUACCAAAGCUCCCCCUGUCACUUGAAAAACUAGACGUUAGCCAUUGCAGCUCACUUGAGACUCUACCAAAACUUCCCCCGUCACUUGAAACUCUAUAUGCCACUGACUGCAUAUCAUUGAAGACUGUAUUAUUUCCUUCACUAGCUGAUGAACAGUUAAAGGAAAACAAGAAACUUGUUCUGUUCUCAGAUUCUGUGAUGUUGGAUGAACGUGCUAUUGGGUUCAAUGCGAAAAUCAACAUGAUGAAAUUUGCAAACCAGCACCUAUCAAUAUCAAAGCACAUUUCUGUUAAAAAUUAUGGGGAUUAUGAUGCUUACACUCGUUCUGAUCGAUGUGUUUACAUGUAUCCUGGAAGCAGUGUUCCAGAGUGGUUGGAGUAUAGCACCGAAAAGGAUUGUAUUACUAUUGAUCUCUCUUCUGCUCCACCGUCCCCCAAGCUGGGUUUCAUUUUCUCCUUCAUUCUUGAUAUGAGCUCAAUCACUACAGAUCUUCAAUGUCGUAUCACUACAUUUGAUGGUGAGGAUGGAGGUAAAAGUGACAGUUUCAGAAUGCCCAUAGAUUAUGGAAACCUCUAUGUUGGAUCGAAUCACGUGUGUAUUUUGAUAUACGACGAAAAGUGUUCUGAGUUCUUAAAUACAAGAGCCAAUAAUCAAACAAUGUUCAAAAUCCGAGUUACAAUGGUGCACCCUUCUAAAAAUCCUCAUACAACAAUAUUAAUACAGCAGAUGUUAAAAGGAUUCGGAGUCAGCCCAAUAAGCACCUCCACAUAUGAGGCAUUCAUUGGACAAAUUGAAUUGGGUGACUCAAAGGUACUCAAAUGCUUGAGAGCUCUAACACAUGAAGGUCAUCUCCUGGUUGUGAAAGGCCUCUUCAUUGAAUCAGUCAACUGA